UUCAAUAUAUUCUUCAAGGUGAGCAAGGGCUUAGCUUCUGCAAGAGACAUGGUGCAUCGGGUGUAUCAGGGUAUGUGUGUAUUCUAAGCUUCCAAAAUGAAAUUGGUGAACAUGAUAAAAGGAUCAAGGAUGAAGGAAACUGUUCAUGCUACUAGAAUCCGUGUGGUCCUCGUUUUGAUAGUUGCCGCUUUCGUUUCGACAAUUCCAAGUGCGUCUGGGGCCAAAUUCCUUGCUACUCUGUUUCACCCUAUGAGCCAAGGUUCACACAAUGCCUUCGUUGGUCAAAUCACAAAGGGUCUCGUGUCUCGAGGUCACAGAGUGACGGUCCUAGCUGCUGAUACUCAUGGCUUCAAAGGCUUCCAGAAAGAUAUAUCAUCUACAAGGAUAGUUACUUUUAAGACAGACGGGUCCGCUUCAGCGAUGGCAGAUAUUGCGAACAUCAAGCUCUCCAAAAGCCAAGAUGAGGAUAACUGGAUUGAAACAGUAAGACUCCUAAUGGCCGUUGGAAACGUCGGUAAGCAGAACUGUGCUGAUAUGUUCAACGAUGAUGAUGUCAUGAAUGACCUCCGGAAGGAAAACUUUGACCUUCUUCUAGUGGAGAUGUUUUUGCCCUGCGAUGCGUUGUUGGCGGAAUACCUGAAAGUUCCAUUCAUCGUUAUGACGUCAUCAUUUCGUUUUCCUGUUUUCGACGAGGAUUUAUACAACCUUGAAAUCCCUUCUUCCUAUGUCCCCCUGGGUUUGGGCGCUUUCACCGAUGAGAUGACGUUUGUCCAGCGUGUGCAGAACUUCGUCGGUCGCCAUGUGAUAGGGAAGAUCAUUCAACACAUGAUCUUCAGGUCUUAUAGGGACAUCCAGUUGAAACAUGACAUCGCACCAUCAUCGUCAAUGAGAGAACUCAUAGGACGUGCCGAACUCUGGUUAUGCCAUGUCGAUUUCGCCCUCGAAUUCCCCCAUCCCACCGCUCCGAACUGGGUGAUGCUUGCCGGCUUGACGGCGAGCGAAGGGACCAAGCAACUUCCGGAGGAUUUGGAAGACUUCGUUCAGGGGUCUGGAGAAAAUGGUGUAAUUGUUUUCAGCCUGGGUUCGACUGAGAUGAACCUUCUGAGCGAAGAAACCAUCGAAACGUUUGCCCAGGUCUUCCGAGAGUUACCCGUGAGAGUUAUUUGGAAAUACGAUGGUCCUGUUCCCCGUAACCUUGGCAACAACACACGCCAGAUGCCAUGGAUACCACAGGCCGAUCUUUUAGCUCAUCCACAGACAAAACUCCUGGUAUACCAUGGGGGACUUGCCGGGGUCUACGAAGCCUUGCGGUUCCACAAGCCCAUGGUACUUCUACCGUUGUUUGCUGACCAACCUGCGGUGGCGGCUCGGGUCGCCAAGAAAGGAAUGGGGGUUGUCCUGUCGAAAAGCAACCUAACCGUUGAGGCAAUAAAGUCAGCUAUUCAUCAAGUUCUUAGUGACCCAAGUUACAAGAGCAACGUCGAGAAGUAUGGAUCCAUCAGCAAAGACACGAUCGCCAGCCCCUUGGACACGGCUAUGUUUUGGAUCGAGCAUAUCGUCAAGUUCGGUGGCUCACAUCUGAAAUCUAGAGCUGGAGAGAUGAAUCUCAUCAGUAGGAACUCAAUAGACGUAAUAUCGUUUAUCUUUGCUAUGAUUUUGAUGGCAAUGUAUGUUCAAUAUCUCAUCAUUCAUUCCUGCUAUCGCUGUUUGUGCAGGAACAAGAAGUCGAAAUCGGAUUGAAGAUCAAUGGUAUUCUGCAAAGGUGUCGUGGCCGAGUGGUCUAAGGCGCCUGGCUAUACAUGGAAACUCCGGGGUUCG